AAGCCCUAAUCUAGUACUUUACCGUGAGACUUUUCUUAUAUGCCAAUUUCGUAUCCCAAGUUUCCCGCAUGCCUCUCCCAUUUAAUUGACGCUUCAUUUUGCUUGGGUUCUUGCAGUUAACUUGCUACCACAACCCUAUUUCAUGAGCUGCAAGAUGUUGUCCUUCAAGAGAGCUGUUGUUUUUGCGGUAUUCUUCCUUGUUGCAUUUAUCCUCCUCCGUCGAUCGCAUACCUCGAACGACCCCGAACCCUUUCGUAAACUUCCACCGAAGCCAGCAGAUCCCAAUGAUCAACAUGUCGGGGCGUCAAAUAACCCUUCUACAACCACGUAUACCACCGAAGUAGAUGCUGCUGCAAAGGAUAAGGCAGUUCCCGCACAAAAGGCAAUUCAAGACAUGUCCAAGAUGUCCUUGUAUGACAAACUGGCUUAUCAAUACCCGUAUGACGUCGAGACCAAGUUCCCGGCUUAUAUCUGGCAGACUUGGAAAUGGACACCUGCAAGUGGAGAAUUUGGGUUUCGGGACCAAGAAGCUUCUUGGACAAUGCAGCACCCGGGAUUUGUUCACGAAGUUAUUACCGAUCAGGUUGCAGUCCACCUAUUAAGAGUACUCUACUCCGCCGUCCCCGAAGUUCUUGAGGCAUAUGAUGCUAUGCCUCAGCCAGUCCUAAAAGCCGACUUCUUUCGCUACCUCAUUCUGCUUGCCCGUGGUGGUAUUUAUUCCGAUAUCGAUACGUUCGCUAUUAAAAGCGCCUUGGACUGGAUCCCAGAAUCCGUGCCCAAGGAAAGCAUCGGAUUAGUGAUCGGCAUUGAAGCGGACCCCGAUAGACCCGAUUGGAGUGAGUGGUAUAGCCGGCGUAUCCAGUUCUGCCAGUGGACUAUCCAGGCAAAGCCGGGCCAUCCCGUUCUGCGAGAUGUCGUCUCUCGUAUCACGCAAGAGACCCUGAACCGAAAGCGCGAAGGUCUUUUCGUGUCGAAAGAAAAGAGUGUCAUGGAAUUCACCGGACCGGCUGUAUGGACAGAUACUAUAUUCGACUACUUCAAUGACCCCCGGUAUUUUGACAUGAGCCAUAGCCAGGGCAACGUUUCGUACCUAAAUUUCACAGGAAUCGAGGCUGCUAAAAAGGUUGGAGAUGUUGUUGUACUCCCGAUUACUAGCUUCUCGCCCGGCGUUCAACAAAUGAACGCGAAAGACUAUGACGAUCCCAUGGCGUUUGUCAAACAUGAUUUCGAAGGCACUUGGAAGCCCGAAAGCGAACGACAUAUAGGCGAGACUAAUAAUUAGAGGCUAUUGAUUGCCCCCCCCAUACCUUAAGUUGCCUUGAGGCUAUCGUCAUGUCAUAUUACGAUGCCCGAUUUUAUGCGAAAGAUGCUUCGACCGGCUACUACGAAGGCUUGUAUCAUUACUCUAUACUUACGACGUUCACGACCCCUUUUCAUGUGGUACUAUAUAUUGGAUUUUGAUGAGGAUGUGCACGGAACUGAUUGUCAAGGCUACCCUCUCACCCCCUCUCACCCACGCGAGAGCAGUCUUUACAGCAUUGACCUGAAAAGAAAUAUCGGUUUG